UACCCUCAGCGUCACUUGCUACUUCUCUGUCACGUUCCGCUUUUGUUUUGUGUUAACAUGUCGAUAUUAAAGUGUGUAGCUUCGGUUGGUUUGGUGUUGAUGGGUGCGGUUUUAUGCACCUCUGGAGCCCCACAACAGCAACAGCAGCAGUAUUACAUGCAUGACGUUGUAAAACAGGCUCACACUAUGCAUCUCCUACCACAAGAAGCUGUGGUUGAUAAAACUGCUCCAGGGAUUCAGGCUGCGUAUUACCACAUAAAACCUUUUGAGAAGUCAGACUUGAACUCUGCACUGGGAGGAUCCAUUCCACUUGAUGUCAUUCAAAGCUUGGAAAGCCAAGUUGACGCAAUUGGAAGGUACCCAUCUUACGAAGGUCAAUACCAGAUGAAUCCAUACCACCACCGACGAAGACAGCCAGUGGGGUCUUUGUACUACUAAACUUUGUGUUGUCAGACGAGACAGACGUACCUUCUUGUAUUAUAUUUAUUUAAUAAAAUAUUGAAAAUUCAGUUAUUAAAAUUUUUAUAUCAACAUGCUAUUCA